AUGGUGGAGUCAUCAAAGGAAGAGCUCUUGCAGCUGAUCAAGCGGUUUGGAGCUUAUUUGAGCGUUAAGAUGUCGAAUUUCGUCCCGAUCUCACUCCGUAAUCUGGAUUCUCGGUCUGCUGGGGCCAUAGCAGGCCUUGCUCUUGCAGUGGCUUUCACAUGGAGAUUGUUGAGGUCGCCUAGUGUGCCCCAGAGAAGGCAACCAAAAAGACAUACUCCUACAACCAGCACUUCUUCUGCAGGGACACAAUCAAAUGUAGCAUCAAUGCCUUCUGGAGCUUGUUCAUCUUCAGAGGAUUUGAGAGCCCAGAAUGUUGUUGAUGAGUUCUUCCAGCCUGUAAAACCAACUUUGGGGCAAGUAGUGAGGCAAAAGUUGAGUGAAGGCAGAAAGGUCACUUGUCGUUUGCUUGGAGUAAUCCUUGAAGAAAAUACACCAGAAGAGCUCCAGAAACAAGCAAGAGUCAGAUCCUCUGUUCUAGAAGUUUUGUUUGAGAUCACCAAGUUUUGUGAUCUUUAUCUCAUGGAAAGAGUUCUUGAUGAUGAAAGUGAACAAAAAGUACUUGCUGCUUUAGAGAAUGCGGGAGUUUUCUCCUCUGGGGGCUUGGUGAAAGACAAGGUUCUCUUUUGCAGCACAGAAACUGGACGCACAUCUUUUGUUCGCCAACUAGAACCAGACUGGCAUAUUGACAGCAGUGCUGAAAUUGUUACCCAAUUAGCUAGGUUUAUCAAGUAUCAACUCCAUGUCUCUCCAACAAAACUUGAACGGUCGCCUGGAAACGUUUUCAGCUCUUCAUCACUGGAACAGUUCUUCGGAUUAGUAUGA